ACAUCAGACAAAAGAGAAAUACAGAAAUUUAAAAAACCUCUGAAUAUUUGGCACAACAAUCUCUGUCACAUUAUCAAUAAGAAGUCUGUGAUGGAACCACACAGUAAUCAACCAGUACAAUCUGAUCCUGGAAAACAGGAAUUAAACCAGGCCAUUGAAAUAGAUGCAAACAUCAAGCUGGACAUGUUAUUGAAAGAGACAACUGAUUCAUCAUCUGUUAAUGGAAGUAAUAUCAAACUUCCCCAGUCUUGUGAACAAAGCAUCUCGGCAGAUUCACACCAUUUUAAAAAUGCAAUUUUAAAUGAGAUUUUGAAUGAAAAAAGAAUGGCUCUUUUGAAAUCUCCAGAAGUAGAACAGUUUCUAUAUAAACAUCAAAUGGAAAAGAAGCCUGUCUUUUCAGGUAACUGCAAGCCCAACUAAAAUUAUGUUAGCCUAACAUUUCUUCAGUUGUGAUUUACCAUGAAACAGUUCCAUAUAUGUUCUAAUGUAGAUGUCAUAGAACUUAUGUUCAAGUUAACAAGGUUAAAUUUAAGUGUAUUUUACACUGAUAUUUCACUUUAGAUCAGUGAAGUUAAAUUGAAAUGUUCUGUUGGUAUAGUAAAAGUGCUCAAAUUAGGAUGAAAGAAAUAUGAGCCAAAAGUGCAUGGUUAGUUGAAGCUUUCCAGGAAGUUAAUUGUUGUCAGUAGAUUGUAGAUUACGUGUUAAUAAUUUAAAACACAUUUUAAAAUUAAUUUGCUUUUAUAACUCCAGGCACGGCCAAGAGUUGAAAAGAACAGCUUAUUAAAGAAGUCAUAAUAAAACCAGAUUUGAAACCACUUUUUAAAAAAACAAAAGCCCUGAAAAUCCUGUACUAAUCAUAUAUCAAUUGUAAAAAGGAAAUAAAAGGAAUAUUUUUAGUAAUUUCGAUGAUGCUCCUUAUUUUAAGGUACAAAAUCAUAGUGCAGACUUGCGGUUCCAUACAUGGGACUUAAUUACUGCAAUUCUAAAUAUUUGUAAUUUUAUUGUUGAAGCUAGUAGAAAUGCAUAUUUGUGAGUUUUGAAGUAACUGCAGGACACAAUGCUAAAUGCUAAGUCAGAAAAAUAACAUAAUAUUCACUAAAAAAUGAUAAAAUGUGUAUAUAUUUAUCACAUAUUUGAAUUUUUUAACUAUUUUGUGCUUUGUUAUGUUAUUAUAUUAAAUAUACAUGUUCAUUUUGGGUUUUGUAAUAAGCAACAUUUACCCAUGCCUCAAGGCAUGUGGAUGAAGCUUAGAACACAAUCCAGAUUAUAUCAUUACUCACCUGUGAAACAUAUUUUAAAUGAUACCAUGUGUCUAGGUUUUCCUCUGUUUUUUGAAAAGACAGCACUCAAAUGUUCAGUAUAGUUCAACAGUUCAGUAUUACAAAUGAAUUUCAGAUUUAUUUGUUUUAACAGCAAACACUGGUUAAAAUAAAAUAACAAAAUUGGCAUAUAAAAAUUUAUACAUGCUCAAAUUUUUAAGAAAUGUUAAUGGAAUAGAUCAUUAUGGCAAAUAGUUUUUGUUUAAUCAGAAAUUGAGAUUUCAAAAUAUUUUCAGCAAAUAAUAUAAAAGACAAAGAUAAAUUUAGAAGAAUAAAUUAUGAGAGAUACUUUGUUGCAUAACUACUUUUUUUUAAUAAUUCUUGACAUACAAGGUUUUUCUAAUAAUGUAAACUGCUAGCAGUCCAGAUUUUGUAAGCCUCCAGCAAGCAGAUGUCAGAUCUUGCAUUACAACUAACUUUUUUAAGUAGAAAACUUGAUAAACUCUUGGAAUUAAUUAAGAUAAAAUGUGUUACUUUUAGCGACUGGGAUGUCUAUUAGGUAUUAUUCGUUUGGUACAAUAAAUUUGACUAAUCUAGAUUUUAAAACCAUGUACAAGUUAGUGCAUUUUAAGUUCUCAUAAUAUCUCGACAACUAGUAGUGUUUUUAGGUUUUAGUGUCUUGAAGCUUAAACAUGUAACAGAAGACAAGUUUGUUUUUGUGUUUGUAUUAUCUCCUUAAGUUGGAGUAUUUUUGUUUUGUUUUUUAUGAAAAUGAGUGUUUAGUGCAUAUUAUUUGUAAGGUGCAUUGUUACUCACCUUUGUGAUUCUGUAACCUCUUAAAGUGAAUUUGUGUAUUCCCUGAAUUUUUUUAUACUAUGCAGAAAUGUCAUUAGUAAACAUAGCUGUAUUAGUGACAACACUAAUUUCAGAUAUGUUGAGAGUUAACUUGUGUUUUAUAGAAGUACUGAUUUUCUUAAACUCGGGUUAUUCUGUUUACACUGUGUUCCCUCUACUAAAACAUUUAUGUUAGUGAAGUUUCCAAGAUUUUACUGAGGCAUUUUCAGAGGUUAAAAUUCUGCCUUGUUCCCAUUUCCUAAAGAUAUCUGAAAUUAAAAGAGAUAUAAAGUGAUUUUAUUCCCAAAUUAUAUACUGUCAAAUGAUAUUCCAAUGUAUGGGUUUUUGUACUCUAUUUAACUUCAUUUAGCAAGUAACAAAAACAACUUUUACACUUACAUUAAACACAAGUUACAAUUUGACUUUCAAUAUCCCAAUUAUGAAGGUUCCAAAAUUUUGCUUUCACACUGUUCUUUACUAGAUUUCAGUUUAGACAGAACAUAAUGCGUUAUGUUGUUUCUCACAUACUUAACUUAUGUUAAAAGUACCAGAUCAGUUGUUAAUUUAUCAUUUUUAGUUCAAUUCCAAAAUAGUUAUACUAUAGUUUGCAAUUAUAGACAAGGUUAUAAUUUAGCAUUUAUUUUUUCAUCUCUGUGAAGUAUUUAUUGGAACUCAAUACAUUCUGUCAUCUUCAUUAUAAAAAUGAUAUUUUUACACAGGUUUUAGAUAAACCUGCUGUAUGAAUAUGAGUAAAUAAAAUAAACUACUAUGAUAGUA